AUCCGCCAUUUUCUUGACCGUGGACAGACACCAAUUUCAAUAUUUUAUAACUUUUUGACGAUUUGGGUAAAAUAAGGACCAGAGUACCAUUUUUUAGGACCUCCUGAAUACGUCUCUCAAAUUUCUUUGCAAUCUGUUCAGCAGAAAAGAAUAAAGAUAUGAUCUCGUUUCUAGGGAUUAUUUUAGAGACUGUCGAGUGUUUGAUUUUUAUAAUGUUCACAUUGUUGGGUGAAGUAAACUUGUGGACAUUUGAUGACAAUAUUAAUAUAAAGAGUACAGAUUUUGGGGCAUUUCGUUACCAUGAUAAACGUAUCGAUAGCUUUUAUGAAGAAGGGAAAAGAUCCUAUUGUCAAAAACGUGGUAUGAUAUAUGUACCAACAAAUAAAAAAGGAAACAAGUUAAAAGAUUCUAUUAAAUAUUUAGAGGAACAAUUGAAAGACAAUUCAAUUAUAUAUUGUCAAUGGUAUGAUGACUGUGUGUUACAAUUAAUGUUGACUAAUGCCUUAAUAAUACAAAUACAAGUUAACAUUGCUACUGGUGAUAUAUACAAAAUAACUUUUGACAAAUAUCUGAUAGGAAAACUUUUAGAGCACAUAUCAGAUGUGAUAAUCACUAAAAAUUAUAUAUUUUGCACCUAUAAUGAUAACCAAGUCACUCAUAUACAUUUCACAAGAUCAAAACGACAUGUUUUUGACAAAAUUAACAAACUUGAACCAAAAUUAUCUACAAUUGAUUUGUUUGGACCUAAUGGUCGGAGGUUGGACAAAAAAAUACAAACCAAUAAAUGCGGUGAUUUGAUACUAAUUUGGUGGAAAUCCACUAUUAACGAAGUUUAUCCUUGGAGUCCAGCUGUAAAAGAACAUGACCGUGCAAAUAUACAUCUUUACCGUCUAAUAGGAGCAAAAUUAGAAUUAAUUUGUUAUAUACGUAGUGAAUUUGAUCCAUUGUGCAUAAUGUUUGAUACUAGUAAUGAUAAUAUUAUUCAUUCUGUAGAACAAAAAGUAUCAAGGAAGGGGGAGGUGACUGUAGAAUGGCGUACAUAUGAAAUUUCCCAGCAAGAUAAACUUCAAAGGAUAGCAAUGGUCUCUGUGCCUUUACCCACACAUACAAGUUGUGUAAAAUUUUCACCUACUCAGGAACUGUUGUUAUUAUGUUGCAUAGAUGGUUCUGUUAUAAUUUAUGAUCAAACUAGAGCUACUACUACCAAUGUAAAGGCAGCUUUUAUACCAACAUUAGCAUCAUGGCACAGUGAUGGAGUAAUAUUUGUUGUUGGAAAUGACAAAGGUCAAUUUCAACAUUUCGAUAUUUCUUUGUCUUGUAUUAAAAUCCAGACAUUAAGCGAAGAAGCAACACAAACUGCCAUUCUUGACUUAUCAUCAUAUUUUAGAAUUCAGCCAGCAUUACUACGUAUGGAAUGGAAUAAAAAAAAUGAUUUGAAUAGUUACGUCGAUUUACAUAAUCGAGGAAAUUCUCUAUUAUUAUUAAUUUUUCAACGAGGUCCUAUAGGUGUCAUAAAAAUGUUGGAAGGAAAUUCGUUUACCGGUGAUGUACUGGUCAAGAGAUAUUUGUCUUUAUCUCAAGUUGAACAAGCAACUUCUUUAUUAUUGGCUAUGAAUUGGGAUACUCAUCCGCGCGCAUGCAUGCAUGCACUAAAUCAAAUUUUGAAUUACCUAUUUAAGUUACCUUUGACGACGGAACAUGAAAAUCUUAUACAGAAUGCAUUGGGUAGUUUUCACGUGCCAAUUAAACCAAUAAGUCAAGUUAUUGAAGAAGAAUAUGGAGAUGAAAUAAGAGAUUUAACAAGACGAUUUUUCCAUCAUUUAUUAAGGUAUCACAUGUUUGAAAAAGCCUUUAGACUUGCUAUAGAUUUAAAUGAUCAUGACCUUUUUAUGGAUAUACAUUUUUAUGCAUUAGUUGUAAAUGAUACAGCAAUGGCCACCGCAGCUAAAGAAAAUGCUGAACGUAUACUAAGUAGAUCAAACAGUUGCAGUAGUUCACAUUCCACAUGCUCUAGAGCAUCAUGUUCAUUGUGCUCUGAUUCAUCAAGUGAUAAAGGGGAGUCUUGUAGCGAUGAAAGUGAAAAUUCCUCUAAGGAGAAUCAGACUGAUACAAAACACUCUAAACAUCAUAAUUAUAAGAAAGAAUCCAUCAGUCAAAUUCCACCUUUACCAGUUCUCCAUCCUCAUUCCCCUAAUAAAAAUUUAUUGCCUACAUCAUUCACUGAUGCUUCGCCUGGCGAAAAAAAUAAUUGUACCAUGGAAUCAACAUCUUUCAGUAUACCCAAUAAUACUCUUACCACAACUUCCUUUAACCAUUCACAACAUUUUUCACUUUCAAAUACAUUUUUUACAACAACAUCAUUCAAUAAAUCGCUAUAUAAAACUCAUACACAACAAACACCAACAACCACAAUACUCUCUAACAGUAGUUCACAGUGUUUUAAUAACAUCUCUGAUGACCUAAUGACAACUUCGUUUGGAAGUCUAUCUUUACACGAACGGAAAACAUCAUCUAAUCGACUUACUGAAAAUUCCAUAGACACUAAACAAUUAAAUAAUGUUCUUCUUGAUGAAAUGCAAUAUCCUCUUGAUAAUGCAUGUACCGAUACAAUGACACAAAAUUUAGUAGGGGAAAACAGUUUUAUGUCAACUCCUUUCAACAAUCCAACAUAUGAACCAGUUACACCAAAUGUUUCUUCCGAUUUAUUAAGGUCCUCAUUAGAUAAUAUAGAUAAUAAUAUUAUGUCUACAUCUUUUGGUGCAGACAUUUCAAAUCAAUAUAACAAUUCAUUUAGUAAUUUAAUAAACAGCAAAUCUGAUUCAACUGUUUCUUUGUCUCCUUUAAAAAGUACAAAAACAUCUGUUACAGUGAAUGACUUUACAUCAAAAACACAUGCUGAUUCCAUUGCAACAAACAAAUUAACAUCUAAUUUUCAAAAUAAUCACAGUAAUCUUGUAUCAACUUCAUUUAAUUUUCAAAAUAAUCAAGUACAAGAUUCUUGUAAUAGUAGUGCAAUAAGUUUUAACAAUGAAGAAAAUCAUGGCAUUAUCAAAUUACAACAACCUUUUGUGGAAAAGAAACAGGUGGACUUUAAUAUCCCACCACUACCAUCUUCUCUAACAAAUUCAUUUACAAAUUACUUUCAAAAUCUUCCAAGAAAAAAUCUUCCUCUAUCUAGAAGUACAUCUGGAUUAGCAGAUAUUGAUGAAUCUGUUCAAAAGUUUACAUCUACUAGGUCAAGAAAUGUCGCAUCACAUUUGUUACAAAAACAAAAUUCCACAUCUAAUAUUUUACAGGAUCAACACAAAUACAGUAAUGUUAAACCUUCCAGAUACAGACUUAAUUAUGAUUUUGAUUAUAUUGCAUUUCAUGGAAGUUGUGAUAAUAUUGAUGUACAUUCCUCGACUAAUAACAUAGAACUAGGUAGUUCACAAUUCUCUUCUAUGUACAGUGUACAAAACAGGUUUGAUAAACAUUCAAAAUUAGUGUCAUCACCAAAUAGUACAAACAGUAGUAUUAAUAAACAUUUUAAAGUAUCUUCUAAUGUACCACCGCUUCCCAUUAUAUCUACUUCUACUCCUAUACCCUGUUCCCCUUUUUCUACCACCACAGAUACAACACCCGCAACAAAUGAAAAACCAAAGGUUAAAUUUUCAGAUACAGUAACGCAUAUAUUGGUACCUGGCACGGGUCAAUCACAUAAGCAAAAACGUUCUACAAUCACUCAAGUGCAUUUAACUGAUCCAAAACGCGAAUUAUCAGAAAGUCUUCCAUUGUGUUUUGAAGAUUAUCUUAAGGAUUUUCAAUCAAAAGAUGACACAAAUGACAAAGUAAAAGAAUCUUUAAGAUCAGAAGAAGGGUCUAAAAUAAAAGUUGUACAUUUUGGACUUUUAUAAAUAAAGGUUUUAGAUUUUAAUAGAGAAAGUAUAUAAAAUUGUAUUUACAUAUAUUUAAAUUUUUUAUAAUGACAUGUAUACACCUAUGCCGUAUGUAAUUUUGAUACAAUAAAAUUUUUAUUAAUUACA